UGUGACUUUUGCGCUACAUCAAACACUGUAGUUCAAGAUAGAAAAGUAACUGAACGAAACACUCAUUCUUCCAGACAGAAGAAGAAGACUUAGAAAUGUGCCUGUAGUUUCUUGGUUCCUUUCAAUCAUGUGUGGAUCAGCAAAUAAAAGUCAAAACGGGUCACAUUGUGCUUGGUGUGAAGAUGGAGGAAGAGAUCUUAGUUUCUCAAUUACAGUUGGUCACAUCAAAAAAGAAUUCUGCUCUGAAUCAUGUCUUGCUAAAUUCAAAAAAUCAUAUUUAAAGGUAUCUUGUACCUUAUGUAAUACCACUAUCCAUGAGUCUCCUAUAUGGUUAGAAGAAGAAGGUCAUAUAAAGGACUUCUGUAGCACAGACUGUUUACAAAAAUACAGACUUAAGGAGUGCAGUAAUCCCCAGUCAGUGUCACAUGAGUCUAAAGGAAAACAAUCAAAUGGGGCACAUCGGUAUGAAAGUACAGGUUACUUUGACUGGAAUGUAUAUCUCAAAGAAACUAGUUCUGAAGCAGCACCAGCUUCUUGUUUUAAACAGCAUCCACAACCCCCAACAAAUGAGUUCAAUGUAGGUAUGAAGCUGGAAGCUAUUGAUCCUAGAAACGUAACUUCUAUAUGUAUAGCAACAGUUGUGGAUAUCCAAGGCCCUCGGCUUUGCCUAAGAUUGGAUGGAGGAGACAACAAGAAUGACUUUUGGCAACUUGUAGAUUCUUCAGAGAUACAUCCUGUUGGUCACUGUGAAAAAAAUGGUGGUAUGUUACAGCCACCUCUGGGGUUUCGUAUGAAUGCUUCUUCUUGGCCCAUGUUUUUGUUGAAGACUUUAAAUGGAGCAGAAAUUGCAUGUUCAAAAUUAUUUAAGAAGGAACCACUUACACCAAAAUCUAAUAAAUUUAGAGUGGGCAUGAAAUUAGAAGCCUUGGACAGAAAAAAUCCACAUUUGAUAUGCCCAGCUACAGUGGCAACAGUAAAAGAUGACAUGAUAUUUGUUGCUUUUGAUGGUUGGAGAGGAGCCUUUGACUACUGGUGUAAAUUUGAAUCAAGAGAUAUUUUUCCUGUUGGAUGGUGUAAAGCAAGUGGUCAUCCUCUUCAGCCUCCAGGUUAUAAAGCUUUAGUAGGAGGUAAGCUGAAGACACAACCUAAAGUUAAUUCCUGUCAGCUUGUACCUUCAAUCCCUCCUCUUUCGUCAUCCCAACCUUUAUCUCCUCGAAACACUCAACGUCCUAGCAGCAGCAUUCGAGCAAAGACUUCUACCAAUAAUAGCCAGAAAUCAAACAAACAAUCAAAUUCUGUAACUACAUCAAUAUCUGCUGGUACAGAUGAAGAAAAUUUGUGGCCUCUUAGAUCACUAAGUGUUUUAGUUACAGAACCGGACACAAGCACUGUUUCUAAACAGAAUCCCACAGUAUGUAUAUAUGUUAACCACUCCUGUUCCUGUGGACCUUACUUGGACCCCCAAAAAGUUGCUCAGCUUCCCAUCCAUUUUGGACCUGGCCCUUUGAAUCAAGUACUGCAAGAAUCUAUACAAGCCUGUCUUGAUUGUGCUAAUAAUGAAAAAAGUGUUUUCAAUCUUCUUAAACCAGGGAAUGGAAAAGUCAUUAUUACAGCCAACAUUGAUGGAAGAACCAAUACCUGUUGUUUACCCACUAUUGAUAAAAUAUCCACAUUUUGGAGUUUCUUGGAGAAUAUUUUCAAAGACUUGCUUUGUUGUGAAAAUCUUUACACCAGUCAAACCUUAGAGGGCAAUUGUAAGAAAUGCAGUACUAGUCUUGUAAAAAGAGAAGAAAUGGGUAAUUACCAGUCUGCAGUAGAACUUUCCAAUCAGAAGCGUCGUUGGUCUUCUGAAUCAUCAGACUCUGGGGUUCAUUGUUCAUACAAACCUGCGAAAGUUUUGAGAACUACCAUUGUUAGGGAAACUGAAGCAAGUUCCACAGCCUCCAUAUCAGAGAAGCCUCCACAAAGUCCAUCAGAAUGGAGUAUUGAGAACGUGAUCCAUUUUAUAAAUAGCACAAACAAGGAACUUAGUGUACACAAAGACCUCUUUCGUAAACAUGAAAUUGAUGGGCAAGCGCUGAUGCUAUUAAACAGUGACAUGAUGAUGAAAUACAUGGGGCUGAAGCUUGGGCCUGCCCUUAAAAUAUGCAACCUCAUUGACAAGCUAAAAGGCAAGAAGUCACUGUAGCAUUAAAAUCCACUUAAGUUUUUAUUUGUUUAGAAUUUUUCUUUUCUUGGAGUUAAUCCUAGCUUAGUGUAACUGUGAUGAUGAAAACAUACAUUAUAUUUUGAACAUUCAAAAUAGAAGGUGUAAGAAAUAUUACAAAAGCUGAAAUGCUAGAGUAAGGAAGCAUAUUAUGCUAAUAUAAUAAUAGGUGGGAAAGCAAUGACUUAUAAGAAUAAGUAAAUAUUUUAAUUGAUGGUGGAUCAUACUACAGAAUAAGACAGACCAAUGUUCUGUGAAAAUAUGUAGUAUGUUCUCCCAUCAAUUACAGUUUUUACUUGUGCUUUUAAAUCAUUGUUUACAUGCUUAUUAUUAGCUGAGAUACCAUUCAAACAGUAGCAUGAAGAUAAAGUACAAUCUUGUUCAUAAGCUGAAAGAUGAAAAAUUAUUGUAACAUUUAAUUAACAUAACUUUCUACUUUUCAGAACUUUUACUGUGUUGAAGUUAACCCUAGAGAAUUAAUGUAACAGUUUUGAUCAAAAUAAUUUUUUUCAAAACUCAAAGUAGAGGGUAUAAAAUACAUUACACAUGUUUUAACAAUUUUAUUUGUUUAAUUUUGUCUCAGAAGUUGAUUGGAAAGUGAGAGUUGAAUUUUUUGUAGAUUUUGUAACAAAAUGUUUUUUUUGUUGAAUUUAAAUAAGCCAAUCAGAGAAAAAUCAGACUCCUCUGAGAAGAUGCUUAAAGUCGGUAAUAUAAAUUCUGUUUUUAAGUGAUAUAUAUCUAGAUGUAUAUAUUUCUGAGUGUUUUGUAUAAUGUUUUUAAAUUCAUUCUGUAACUUGUUUUACACAUUUUCAUCUAUAACUAUGAAGAAAUAAGAGGUUUAUUGUAUCUGGAUUGUAAAGGAAAAUUUAAGUGUUCUAUAUUGAAAGAAAAUUUAUGUAUUAUGGAACAACUUUACAUUAAUAUACUUCAAAUAAAUUAGUACAUAAAUCUCUCUCUUUGUGUAGUUAAUAUCUUUAGCCCUAUAUUAUGUUUGAGUAUCAUUAGGGAAAAUGUACUGGGCCUUAUGAAUUAUAGCUUGAAACUGUGCUAAGUACACUUUCUUGCAGUUGUACAUGGAAUUUCUUUUGUUCUUUAUGAUACUGAUAGAAGUAUGUAGUAACUUACAACAGGUUUUACAUUGACUUCAUUCGCAAUUUACCUUUUAUAGAAUGUUUUUGUUUAAUUUACAUAAGGUUGUUAGGUUUUUUCAAUGCAGCUAUAUUUAAACUUGAAUGGAAUGAUUAUGUAGAACUAGAUGUUGUAUAUGUAGCUUUUAAAAAUUUGUAACAGAAAAAACUUGCUAUAUGCUGUAUCUUUUUGAUGCAUUUCAUUCAAAGAAAGUAAAACUUAGGGUACAGACAAGGGGAAAUUAUAAGAGUAACAUCAAUACUCAUACUGUGUGGAAAACAUAUGCAAUAUUUUAAAUGAAGUUAACUUGUUAACUUUUAGGGAUUCAUUUUGGCAUGUCAAAACUUCCACGUACUAAGUAUGUAUUUACCUGAAACAUUUAAAGUUCAUUUAACACUUUAUUCUGAUUUUAUUGCACAGUUUUGUAUUAAAGGUCAGGUUCUAAUGUAGUAUGAGCUCAUAUCAGAUGAUUAGUAACUGAAACAUCUGUUAAGUACUGAAUUUAAGCCAAAAUUUAAGUUAAAAUUUAAGUCAAAUUUAGAAUCAGAAACAUGUUAAUAGGACCUUUUUUGUAACACUAAUUUCAAUAAGUGAUGUGGGUAAGAAGAUGCAGUAUUGUUUCCUAAGCUAGUUUUUAUUUCAUCUUUAUUCCACUAUAUGAAUAAUCACAAAGCAUAAGAUCUUAAUCUUUUCAGUUUAUUUUGUUUUUGUUCCAAAUAGAAGUAUAAGAGGUUGUGGUUCUUAGUUAAGACCUAUCAUCGAUAGGGAGUAAUGAAGUCUGAUGAUUUAUAUUUGUUUUUUAACUGAAUUUUAAGUGUUUUUUCAAGAACUUCUAAGACAUGAUGGAAUAAUCAAGUAUUCAUAUAACAAAUGGUAAACUUUUGGAACUGUGAAUAGGUUAUAAAAAAUUUCAUUUCAUUUGUCUUGUGAAGUUAAAGUUUUGGAUAGGUCACUAAAGUUGAUAACUCAAAUAAAGUUACUGGUUGAGAGAAAAUUUAUGCAUAUGUGAAUUUUACUCAUUUAUUUUGUGUAUAUAUAUAUAUAUAUUGUUUUGGUCUUUUUUUCUAUACAAUGUAAUCUUAACUCAAAUUGCUUGCUUUUGCAGAUUGGCAGUCAUCCUUUAAUUAACUGUUUAUGAUUUCUUUGUUGUCUAAGUAAAUGUAAAGAAAAUACAAGAUGGUUGAAAAGUUAGUUGCUUUACAGUUAUGUAAAUAACAUACAAAUUGCAGCACUUAUGAGUCCUUUGUCAGUCUAGCUACUGUGUUUACUUGUUUGCAAUACAAUCAUACAGUUUCUCCAAAACUAGUAUAAGCCAAUAACACACAUUGAUCAAAGUAUAGAUUGUAUUGGAACUUCUUUGAACUUAGACUUAAGAUUAAACAAUUUUCAGAACACUAAGUUUAUUUAUUAUACCUGCUAUUGUGCAGCUAUAUAAUGUGAAGAACUGAAUAGUGGCCAAUGACACUUUUUCUUCACUUCACCUAUCUAGUGUAUAGGUUUUUCUCCUAAUGACUAUAAAACAUGUUCCCACCAACUAUAUGUUUCUUUAUGGGAUAUGUUCAUAAUUUUUCUGAUCAUAUACAUGUUCAGGUUUUCAAUAUAUAACUAGGUGACAAAUACUCAUAAGCUUUUGUAGUGACUAUAUGAGUUAACACAAAUGAAAAGAAGUAUAAGUAAAAAAUUCUAAAGUUACACGAAUUAUCAUCACCAUUGUUUCUUUGAAUUACUGUUUAAAUCUGAUCAGAAGUUUAGGUUAGUCAUCCAAUCAUUUUAUCAUAUAAGGUGUAAUAUAAAUAUGACAACUUGUGUUACUUUUAAGUUACAACAGGCAGUACUAAAACAAAGACUGAAUCUGAAGUUUUAUCAUCCACAUAGUGUACACAUGAGGGUGCUGUUACAGGUACUGUUUAGUUUAUGUACUUAAUUUCUUAGCAGACAGAGUGAAGAAAGCUUCGGGUCUUCGGCAUCUUAAACAAGAAAAUGUAGCCAAUAGUGCAAGGGUUGUUAAAAAUAGGCUUGUUGUCGUAGACAAAAUCACAAGUGCUUGCAGUGUUUCCACAUUCUACUGUUAUUAUAAGUAGUAUAAUAUUACAGUGCACAUUGGAACUGGAACUUACUUGCCGUAUAUGUACUAUUACUAUUACACAAGUUUUAAUAUUUAACUGUGAGUAAAUUAAAUUUAUUUCUACAUUUUGCAAUAACAAAAACAAAAUGUC